AUGGCAGAGAAAGGGAAAGCGUAUGGGCUCAUCUUGUCUCAGAAGAAAUCAGAACAGAUAAAAACAAAGUCAGCACAGCCGGCCUUUAAUGUAUUUGGCAAUGACAGUGAUGAGGAUGAGAAACCACGUAUACCUGUGAGCAUUUUUGGCCAGAAUUCAGGGCCCAGCAAAAUAAAGAGACAGGCACAAGUGGACAUUGACAAGGCUCUGUUGCAAGACCCCAACAUUUAUGAGUACGAUGCUGUGUAUGAGGAAUUGCAGGCUAGCAAGCCAAAAGUGGGAGCAAAAGAUAAAGAUAAGAAUAGUGCAGAUAAAAAG